CCCAGCUCCCCACGGCUACCUGUUUCCUCUCCACUCCCAUUUCAAGUGGCAGCCUCUGGCCACCUAGGGACAGGCCUGUGGGACUCCAGGCUGAGCAGGCGGCAUGGUGACAAAUGCCAUGGCAACCUGCCUCCUCUCAGGGGCCUGGUGGGAGGGCAGACCUGAGAGCACAGGGGUGCACACCGAGACUCUGACUAGGAUCCUGGAGAGGUGACUCCUUUGGGCCUGGGUGGCUUCUGCCUUCCCACGAGGGCCCCCCACCUCCCCGCCUGCAAGGUCCCAUCCCAGCAGGGGAAAUGUCACUUCCACCUUGUCCCGGAUGAAUGGCUGCCUCUGGCCUCCCAGGAGACUGGGCAAAUGCCAACCCAACCCUGAUCAACUGGCCCCCUCCCCCACAGAGAGGAAGGAAGAGGGAGCUGAAAAGGAGGGAGGCACGGGGUUGCCAAGCAAGGUAGUAGCGGGACAGCCGGGACAAAGCCCUCAUUUACCGAGGCCACACGUAGCUCCAGGCACACCAGGCAUCUUGCCUCCCAGGACCUAGGCCUCGAGAACUCCACCCGGACUUUCCUCGCUCUUAGCAACAGGCACCCAAGCUGGCACCCAGGCCCACUCCCGGGUCUAAUUCCUGUCCUGUCACUGCUGAAGUCCUCUUGAAGGCACAGCCUCCUCUUUGCAUCCCCCCAACAGCUGGGAGGGAAGAAGGCAGGGGAGGGCAGCAUGUAAGACCAGCUUUGUCAGACCUGCAGCUGUGCAGCUGAGCCCAAAGGCCAUGGCACAUCCUGCUAGUAUUUGAAAUAAUGGCACAAGGCCUGUAAAAGCACUCAGAACUCACCUGGCCACCGGAGGGUCCUUGAAGGACAGGUGAUCCUUGAAGCCCUCGCCCACUUCCCUGGACCAUCUCCCCUCCCCACAGCUGUUCCCAGUCAAGGGCCCCCAGUGCCCGGGAGGUAGAGAGCCAUUGGUGGCCUUACUGGCAAGUGUGGGGGAACACCCUUGUCCCAUGGUUCCUCCUCUAGGGCCCAGCCCUCCAGUUCCAGGAGGCCCUGCCUGGGCGAUUGGGCAUGGUGGGUAGAAUGUGUCACCACACUGGGGAGAGCAGCUCAGGUAACAGGUGUGGUGUCGGUGGCUCCUGCUCCUGGCACCUGACACCUCUGGGCAGACAAUGCUGGCUGUGUCUGAGCCCUCUAGGGGAACAGGCUGCCUUCUGUGUCACAGCCAGGAAACAGGCCACCUGAGCAGUGCCUUUGUCUGCCCAGGAGGCAGCCCGGCCACUGGCCAGGUUGACCAUGCUCCUGGGAGCUCCCGACAUGGGAAGGGGUGGUGCUCUGGGCUGGGGACUCCGGGACUGAGAUCCGGCCCUCAGCAGCAAGUGCUGGCCUGGCUCCCAUACCGGGAGGAUGACUCGGGCAGUCCCGUCCCUCUCAGAGGCUCCAUUCCUCACCUGCAGAGGGACUAACCUCAGCACUUCCUCAUAGGGUUGUUGGGAGGAGUCGAAGGCGUAAUGUACGUAAUGUGCUUGGCAUGGGGCUGGCAUGGAACGCGGUUCAGUGAAUGCUUCUCUCCCAGCAUGGGGAAGCUCUGGGGUGCCAUGUCCUCAGCUGGGACUCCUAUAACCCAGGCUACUGUCCUUAGUCCCUGGCCUGAGUGUGAAGGGACUGGGGUUUCUGGAGCUGGCACAGGACUAGCACGUUGGUCCUCCACCUCAGGCCCUAGAGCUCUGAGCUGCCCGGUGCAGGCCUCCUCUCUAUAGCAGCCAACACGCAGGCCAGCUUGGGGCUUCUCCCCUCCAGAGACCCCUGCCCUUGGAGCCCAAACUUCUAUACAGGAAAGAGGCCUAAAGACUCCAGACAGGAGCCAGAGGGCCCGAGUCCCCCCACCCACUAGUCAAGAGGGCCACAGAUGGGUCCUCUGCAGGCAUGCUUACUUCCUACUGGGCCCCACAUGAGACGCCCCAAAAGGAGGCCUUCUGCCCCAGCCCACAUCUGCUUUGCCUGAGCCCUGAGUUCCCAGCGCAUGCCAGAACCAGCAUGCACAUUUGCCCGGGUGGGUGCAGCGGGCAUGCCCUUGUGCAGCUGCAUGUGGGGGUCGCAAGGGGCCAGCUGCACGUCCUUCGUCGUGAGCAGCUGCCUGAGCUUGUUCGCUGAGCCCUGCGCAGCUCAUGUUGGAGUAGCCGGGACAGAGUACCUUGCCGUGUUUGUGCAUAUCCAUAUGUCUUUCUACACGUGUGCUGGUAUGUUGGUCUGUCUUGUCUCCCCUGUAGACGGGAAGCCCCCCGAGCCACGCACCAACUGGCAUUCUGGGAAGGUGACGUCGAGACUAGCCCAUCUAACUUGGGGCUCCUGGCCCUGCCCCAGGAGUCCUGCAGCUGCAGCCCUCACCGAGCAGGGAGGAUUGACCGGCGCAGGGUGGGGUCUGAGUGUCAGGGUCAGGGGGCCCGGCCUGUAGCUUAGAGGGCUCAGUGCUGUGCCCCAGGGCCAGGCAACUCCCCCUGAUGACUGCGUGACCUUGGGCAAGACCCUCACUCUCCUGGGGCCCAUUCGCUCAUCUGGAGAAGCUGGGGUUGGACCCGUGAGUUCUGGCUGCUCCUGAGGCUCUGAGGAUCGAGAUUUUAGUCAGGUGGCGGGAGCCUCCUGAGUUCACUGGUGGAGGCAGCUGUGGCCUGAGCCGGGCCCUCGCUCUGUCCUGCUGAAGAGCGAGAGGAGAAGCCAUGCCGGGCAGCGGCCCCAGCGAAAGGAUGACGUGGCCCGGCCCGGCCCUCCCCGCGGCCCCCCCAACCCGCCCUCUCUCCUCAGCCCCGGGGACACCGCCCAUCCCGCCCCUCACCCGGACCCGCAGCCUCAUGGCCAUGUCCCUGCCGAGCAGCAGACGGGCCUCCGCCGGAUCCCGCAGGCGCACGUCCCCACCUGUGAGCGUGCGGGAUGCCUAUGGCACCUCUUCUCUCAGCAGCAGCAGCAACUCGGGCUCCUGCAAAGGCAGCGACAGCAGCCCCACGCCCAGGCGCUCCAUGAAGUACAUGCUGUGCAGUGACAACCAUGGCAUCAAGCCCCCCACCCCGGAGCAGUACCUGACCCCACUGCAGCAGAAGGAGGUAUGCAUCCGGCACCUGAAGGCUCGGCUGAAGGACACGCAGGACCGGCUGCAGGACCGGGACACCGAGAUCGAUGACCUGAAGACGCAGCUGUCGCGCAUGCAGGAGGACUGGAUCGAGGAGGAAUGCCACCGCGUGGAGGCCCAGCUGGCCUUGAAGGAGGCCCGAAAGGAGAUCAAGCAGCUCAAGCAGGUCAUCGACACCGUCAAGAACAACCUGAUUGACAAGGACAAGGGGCUGCAGAAGUACUUCGUGGACAUCAACAUCCAGAACAAGAAGCUGGAGACGCUGCUGCACAGCAUGGAGGUGGCCCAGAACGGCACCGCCAAGGAGGACGGCACCGGGGAGUCGGCCGGCGGGUCCCCUGCCCGCUCUCUCACCCGCAGCUCCACCUACACCAAGCUGAGCGACCCGGCCGUCUGCGGCGACCGACCCCCCGGCGACCACCCUGGGGCCUCCAACGAGGACGGGGCUGACAGCGGCUUCGCCACGACUGAAGACACCCUGAGCCGGACGGAUGCGCUGGAGGCCAGCAGCCUGCUGUCGUCGGGGGUGGACUGUGGCCCCGAGGAGGCCUCGCUGCACGGCUCCUUCAGCCUGGGCCCUCGCUUCCCCGCCAGCAACACCUACGAGAAGCUGCUGUGUGGCAUGGAGGCCGGCGUGCAGGUCAGCUGCAUGCAGGAGCGUGCCAUCCAGACGGACUUCGUGCAGUACCAGCCUGACCUGGGCACCAUCCUGGAGAAAGUGACCAAGGCCCAGGACUGCGGGACAGUCCCCGAAUCAGGGGGCAGGUGCCCGGAGCUGGAGCCGCACCCCCCUGGGCCCAGAGACCCUACCUCAGCCGUGGUGGUAACGGUGGGUGAUGAGCCCGAGGCCCCAGAGCCCAUCACCCAGGGGCCCACCCCACUCCGGCCUGGUGCCAGCCCCAACCCCAGCCAGUCAGUGAGCGUGGCCUGCCCCGCGGAAGAGGAGGAGGAGGCGGCCGCCACCGAGAAGGAGCCCAAGAGCUACUGGAGCCGCCACUACAUCGUGGAUCUGCUGGCCGUGGUGGUGCCGGCCGUGCCCACGGUGGCCUGGCUCUGCCGCUCCCAGCGGCGCCAGGGCCAGCCCAUUUACAACAUCAGCUCCCUGCUGCGGGGCUGCUGCACCGUGGCCUUGCACUCCAUCCGCAGGAUCAGCUGCCGCUCCCUGAGCCAGCCCGGCCCGAGCGCCGCGGGCGGCAGCUCCCAGCUCUGAGGAGGCCCAUCCCGGCCAGCGGCCCGGCGGCCUGACCACUGAUUGUAGGGGUGCCGUUCUCCCGCUCACACAUUCCCGUGGGGCAUCACCUUAUUUAUUUAGUUUUGGGUGUGGAAGUGGCGUGUUCCAGGCUGUUCGCAGUGCCAGGGGCUGGGAGCAGGGGUUGAGGGAAGCAUCCUAAACACCGACAGAGGAGAAGGAGAGACCCACGCAGGGAGGCCCACUGACUGGACAACUGCAGUGAGAGGAGGUGGCGAGGCCCCCGCCCCUGCCCUGCCCACCUGGUCCUGCACACGGGCACACCCUGCUCAGGAAGUCUCUGGUGUGUUGAUACGGGGCGGCUGCGCCCAUGGGCGCCCCCGUUCUCUCCCCCAUGUCCUGUCAGGUUCCCCGCUCACUUCCCGCCUUCUCUCCCUGCCCCCCCACCCCCCAGCCCCCAGCUCAGGCUUCUGGGCCAGUAUUAUCUCCUCAGAGGGAGGCAGCUGCAGCCCAAAGUACAGGCAGCUGAUCCAGGUUCCCAGCCGUGUCCGGAAGGGCUGGUCCUGGGCUGGGCUCUCCACUUGGGAUUCAGAGGGAGGCUCCAGCCCAGGCCGGAGGAGAGAUGGUGACGGGCAAGAGGUGGCAGAGGGCAGUGUGGGUUCUGUGUCUGUCUUUCAGCCCAGUCCUUCUCCGUGGUUUGUUUUCCUCUUGGCGCUUCUGGGUGUGUCAGAUCGUUCCUCCUGUCGGAGCUGAACCGGCGGGCUGCGUGCUGAGUAGGAAGCUGGCCUGCGCCCCUGCUGCAGCUGGAGAGGCUGCCAGCUCCAGGAGAGGAGGCAGGGGCUGGCAGCUCAAGGGGCUCCCCAGCCUUCUGAGACGCGGCCCUGCAGUCUCGGGGCAGGGCUGAACUCGGCCAUCCUCAGCUUGUUUGAAAAGCCAGAGGCCCUGAUUGGCCCUGGAGAGCUCACCCCAAGUUUCUCUGGGGGCCUCGGGCCCAACUUUGCUUUGCACUAUGUUCACUUUGGGGCUUGGUUCUCACCCAACCCAGGGUCCCCAGUACAGGGGCCACUUGCUUUCUAGAAGGAGGCUUCCUAGCUCUUAGACCUCUCUGCCUCCGGGAGGGGGGAUCCCGGCAGGUUGGAUGAUGGCAAGAUAGGGGAUUGGAGCCAUGACGCUCAUCCAGGCCAAAGUGGGGUGCCCUGAGUUCCCCUUGCUCCCAGCCCAAGCCCAGCCAACCUGGGAAGGUCCACUCUCCCCCCUCCCUCCCCAGGACCGCAUCCGGGAACCCAGCAAAGCUGUUAACAUUUUAGUACCAUGGUUACUUUAUAAAGUAAACCCUCUCCUCUCCCCCGCCCCCCGGGGGUUGCACCCACUGGGUGGUUCCACCAACUCUGCAGGGGUGAAGUCCCACACUGGCGGGGAGCCCCUGCCUCUUACUUGCCCCUCUGGCCUCAGGACCACUCUGGUUCCCUGCUAGGUUGCUUGCCCGCCCGCUGCUCCGCCAGCUGUCGCCUGACUCGUGGGCUCCGCCCUUCCCCUCUGCCCACCACUCAGGGGGCACCUGCAUGCCCUGGGAGCGGGCGGCCAGCCCAGCCAUGGGGUGAGAGCCUCCUCCGCCAAGCGCUUUGUGCCUCCAGCGCUCCCCCCGCUCGGUCAGGGCCUCCGACCAGCCAACCUCUGCGGAGCGCCCCUCG